GCGAGGCUUCCUCCUCAGCAGACCUGUGCGGUGGCUGACUCACACGGUGCCUGUUUACCUCUGCCCAGGGCGCAGCAGCCGUCACACACACGCUGUCACCCAUGUUCCUGCAGGCAGCAGGGAAAUCUUAGUGCUCUGUGGAAGGAGACCCCACCUGCUCGAGGAACCGAAAGCUUCUUGCAAGUUGUAGAACUCUCGCUUGAUAUCAUCUCCACAAGUCCUUUAGAAAAUUUUCAAAAAGUUCUUCUGAAGUUUACAGCUUUAUUUUCUUUGUUAUGGAUCCAUAUUCAUUGGAAACUUAGAUUUUUCACGUGAGAUGGUCUUCAGCCUGAAGGACUAAGGAUUUGUUUGCUCAGGGAUUUGUUCAGCCACAACAGGUUUACAAUUGUGAGACUUUGUGUGAUCUCCGACCAAAACUGUGUCUAAACCCCAAAAAACUGGUUUGUUGACUUCAAGUUUCUGGAGAACAGGCUCUGUACGAUUAUUGCAGGAUCUAUUUCCGUUUAAAAAAGAAGAUUUUUGUUACUUCUACCUACCUCAGUGUACCUACCUCUGCUUCCAAGAGAUACGAAAAUGGAAUACGGGAACCUGACUAACCCAAAGUACGGUCCAGGAGCUCUCCCCGAAGAUGGGCCCAUGAAAGUCUUUAGCAGCAUGGUCCAUUCCUACCUGGAUCUGGUUCAGAGAAACACCUUCCCCCCUGACUUUCUUGAACAGGCGCUUAAAAAGCAGAGUUUUAAUAGUAUCACUCCUAAUCAGGUGCUGACGUAUGAGAUGGGCUACCUCGUGGCUCUAGCCAUCGGCCUCCUCUUCAUCAUAGUGAUGACGCUGGUGGGCCUUUUUUUCUGUUGCUGUCGCUGCUGUGGAAAUUGUGGUGGAAAAAUGUACCAGAAACAGACAAAGAACAUCAACUGCAAGAGGAGGUUUCUGUACUUCUUCCUGUUCAUUAUCACUCUCAUCAUUCUGGCCGGUGACAUCUGCGCGUUUUAUAGCAACAGCAAAAUGAACAACGCGGUCGACAGAAGUUUCACGUCCUUCAAUAAUACGGUGGACAACCUGAAGACCUAUGUCCAUUCAGUGCCCCAGGACGUUAACAUUAUUUUCAAUGCAAGUAGGAUCCCCGUUGCUUGGGCCAACAGCAGCAUUAUCGAGAUCGGACCGGUUCUUGGAGGAAUGAUUAAAAGAAGUAUCGAGAUGGAGGCAAAUAAAACGCUGGAUACGAUUCAAACAACGAUAAAUGACCUAAAUUCCACUGCAAAAGCCAUGAGAUCUGUGAAUGAUUCCUUCAACGCCCUACAAGACGCUCAGCGGCAGCUGGUCCAGAAUCUCACCGCGAUCAGAGAUCGGAUUAAUCAGACGCUGAUUUCGUGCGGCGCUGCCUGUACCCCUGCCCCGCCAGUCAGCGACCUGAACAUAGACGCCAACUUCCAGAGUAUACCAGACUUUACCGACCAGCUGAAAACCAUUGAUGAUUUCUUGAACUCAGGAGUAGAAGACAAUAUCCAGAGCGCUCGUCAGACACUUUAUGACAUCCCCCAGUCCGUAGCCAAUCAGACCAAGGGAUCUGUACAAAAGGUGCAAGAUCAGCUGGUCAACAUACAAAAUAAAAUCCAGGAUGUCCGCAGAAACCUCUCCAUUGUGGAUAAACUGAAUACAGUAAACGAUUUUUUCGAUAAAGUAACUAGCAAUGUGAAUAAUUACAAGUCGGACGCGGUGAAAUACGAGUAUUACAGGUGGAUAGUUGGGAUCUGUCUCUCCUGCAUCAUUCUCCUGGUAGUUGUAUGUAACCUGCUCGGUUUGCUGUUCGGACCCUGCGGCCACAAAGAAAAAUUGGAUCCCACAGAACGGAGCUGUGCAUCAAAUUCAGGGGGAGACUUCUUUAUGGCAGGGACUGGAUUCAGCUUUCUUUUUGCUUGGCUUCUCAUGUUGGUGACGGCCGUGCUGUUUGUCGUUGGAGGAAACGUCUACACGUCCGUCUGUAAACCAUGGAGCAGUCAGCAGCUGUACAAGGUUGCUGACAACUUCAAUUUAAGCAAUUUGCUGAAUAUCAACCUCAAUGACCUGAAACUGACCACUGUGUAUCGUGACUGUCAGAACAAUGAUGGCCUGUGGAGCACACUGAAUCUGAGCUCCAUGUACAGUCUGGACAGCUAUCUGGACAUCAGCCAGUACACAGGGGAUGUGAACUCCACACUGCAGAACACCAAUAUCAAUAUCGCCAACAUCACGUUCCUGAGCGCAAGUCAGAAAAACAAAGUCACGAGUGUGGCCACAUCCGGAAUAGACAAUUUAAACUUCUCUGACUUCAACCAGCAGUCGACCAAGAACAUCACCAAAACGAAUCUGAAUUUAUUUGCAGCAGAGUUGGAAACUCUAGCGGGGAAAAGUCCGGCCUUUCAGACUGAACUGAGGAAUGAGGUCAACGCUCUCCGGACUCUCCAAAAUUCAAUCGACAGCGUCAUGGUCCCACAAAUUAAAAGCCUCAGUACAAGUAUCGUCAGCCUGCAAACCAAAGGAAAACAGUUACCGACAUCUUUAAAUGCAACCCUUAAAAGCACUGAAGACGCUCAGACCUUCGUGGACACCCAAGUGGUUGGCAUUGUAAAGAAUGAGACCAGAAAAUAUCUAGAUACAAUAAUCGGAUAUUUUGGGUCGUACAUCGAUUGGACACGGAAGAUGCUGACCCAGGAUUUAGCUCGGUGCAGACCCCUCGCCGCUGCUCUGGAUUCUGCCGAGGUCAUCGCGUGUCAGUACGUUGUGGACACCCUGAACGCCUUCUGGUUCAGCCUGGGCUGGUGCACGCUCUUCUUCAUCCCCAGCAUCAUCCUGUCAGUGAAACUGGCGAAAUAUUACAGGAGGAUGAAAUACUCGGACACUUUUGACAGCCCCAGUGAUCACAUGGAGAUGACGUCCACAUCCCAGCAGUUCCUAAUCCCUCGCGUCACUGUAAAAUCAUGAGGAGCCAUUGGCAAUGAACACGACACUAAUGGCGUCUGACCCCCAUGUUGUUUGGCGUCCUCCCGGAGACCCUUAGGACAUAUUUAUUUAUUUUCCAAUCCUAUUACUUUGAUACCUGGACUGUGAAGAAUUGCAUUGUGGGAGAGAUGACCCUGCAGACGGUUCAGGGUCUGCUGGAGACUUCUGAUUUGGUUGUGGGGUGGAGGGUUCCUCUGUAUAGAUGUACAGAAUACAGGGCAGUGCUGUUCGAGGCGCCAGUGAACGUAUACUCUGCUGACGGCACCUCGGCUUCUCAACGUGACCUGUGGAUCGGAAUUUUUAUACCGAAAUGUAAAAUAGAUUUGUUUUCUAUUUUUAUCAUUUUUUUUCUUAGACGAUUUAUGUGAUUUUUUUUUUUAGUCGUUUGCAAAAGUGGUUCAGAUAAAGCCCACCUUUUGCGCAAAAACAGUGUGUGCCCCUUCUUGAUGCAUGGUGUAUAAUGUCUGUACAGGUGGCAGGAACAUCCCAGCUUCCAUACCCUAUCGCCCUACUCUGGCAGGCCCAACACGUCCCUUUUAACGAAUGGCCAGCAAGCAGAUCUAAUGGCGCAGUAGACAGACAGUCAGAUGAGAAGUGCUGGUCAGUUGAUCGCUUCGUCAGGAUUUCUUAUAAAAAUGUGUUGUCUUUAUGAAAAAAAAUAAACCCUUUAAAAGG